GGGGUACGACAUCUGUACCUUGGCUUGGCCUCGAAAAGUGAGCAUGUUGAACGAUCGAGACAUUGCUCAGGUGCCAAUUACGCACAGACUUAUCAGUGAAGGGCCCAGUGCUUACUUCCCCGCAGAACUAUGAAAGGGAAGGAUCGACUUGUCAAUAUCUGGACUUUCUAUGAAGGCUGAGAUCCAAUCGGAAGAACUUUUCCCAUCCUCUAUUUUCGUUAUUUCCGGUCUUUUUCAGAUCCUCUGUGUCUUUUCUCGCUUCAGUUGAAGCAAACGCGCUCCGGUCAUGACGAAUCAGUCUAUCCUUGCCACUUGCAAACAGACGCGCUUCCAUCUCCAUGAUAAGGCGUCGAAGGAGGUCGAUGUAGAGGGUCUCACCAUUGCCGUUUCGUCCACCUCGAAUGAAGAGAAUCUUUCAAACCCGAAGUCUAAAGGGAAAUCGAAAGCAAAAGCCGAGACGAGAGAACUCAUUACCCAGGGCCACCUGCGACUCAAAGAAGGCGUGUGCUACGGAUUGAUAGGUCGAAAUGGGACCGGCAAAUCGACGCUUUUGCGGGCCAUGGCCGACAAGCUGAUACCGGGUAUACCGCAUGCUACACGUAUCGCCAUCUUGCAACAGACAGAGAGCAGCCUCGAUGCUUGUGACAAUAAUACAAACAAUGACAGUGGCGGAAGAAACAAAGCAGUCUUGGAGUAUGUCCUGAACACCGAUCGUUAUAAAAAUGAAGUAGUUCACAAGAUUGACAUAUUGUCGAGAAGUUUCGAGUCAGACGAUCUGUUGCAGCCUGUGAGAGCGAUUCGAACUGUUCGCCAUUCAGAUAUGGAAAAGGAAUUGUUUCUGGCUCAGAAGACGGCACAUCUGAAGAGCGGGGCAAGGGGACUACAAGCCCGGAAGGAGUUGAAAUCUGCUGAAUCUAGAUUGCAAGACUCCUCGGCGCUGCUGAACCAGACAACGGAGUUGAUGAAUGCAGAUGCAAUUCAGGAAGACACGAAAGCUGCAAUGGAGACUUUACAGGACUUGCAGUCUCAGUUUGAAUCUAUGAAAGUAAGCGACACUGAGAAACAGGCGCGUCAAAUUCUUGCCGGCCUAGGCUUUCAGGAAACGAUGCUCAACAAACCAUUCUUAGAGUUGUCAGGUGGUUGGCGUAUGCGGUGUAUGUUGGCCAGUGUUCUGAUCCAGAAUCCAGAUAUCAUGAUUCUUGAUGAGCCGACAAAUUUCCUUGACCUUCUGGGAGUUAUUUGGUUGGAGAAAUACCUUCAACAGCUAUGUGACUCUUCACAGACUACCAUACUGAUAGUAUCCCAUGACAGGGACUUUGUGAAUGCUGUCUGUGAAGAGAUCAUCAUCCUUAGGGAUCAGAAGCUUUCCUACUUCAAAGGAAACCUGUCCGCGUACGAAAAAGACUUCGAGGAACAGAAGCUCUAUUGGGGUCGUAUGAAGGAAGCCCAGGAACGUCAGGUUGCACACAUGGAAGCAACCAUCCGCGACAACAUCAAGAUAGGGAAGAAGACUAACGAUGACAACAAGUUGCGCAUGGCCAAGUCGCGACAGAAGAAAAUCGAUGAUCGGAUGGGUGUCCAGGUCAGCGCAACUGGGGGACGCUUCAAAUUGAAUCGGGACCUUGUGGGAUAUCAUCUAACCACACGGGCAGAAAUUGAGGUUCCAACUGAUGAACGUGGUGCUACCAUGACUCUGCCAGAUACCACCGAACUGCGGUUUCCUGGUCCCCUUAUCUCCUUGGAAGGGGUUGUUCACCGAUUCAAUCUGGGCGAGCCCCCAGUCCUAAAUGGGAUUGAGCUCGUCAUGCAUCUGGGCGAUCGUGUGGGCAUACUGGGUCUCAAUGGAUGUGGAAAGUCAACACUGGUGCGUCUCUUGGCCGGAAAGACCUUGCCAACACAGGGUAAGCUCUUAACCCAUUCAAGACUGAAACUUGGCUAUUACGCACAACAUUCAAUCGAGGAGCUUCAAGAGCAAGGUUGGUCAGAUCCCGAUCUGACCGCGCUGGGAUUAAUGUCAAAAGAUGUCAAUGGGUCGCUCAAUGAAGGUGAACUCCGGGGUCUCCUGUCAACACUAGGCCUCCAGGGUAGGGUAGUAUCUGAUGUUCCUAUACGCCGGCUUUCAGGCGGGCAAUUAGUCCGUCUAUCACUGGCGAGAGUCGUUUGGAACUCACCACAUCUUCUCAUUCUGGACGAGAUCACAACCCAUCUAGAUUUCCAUACGGUCACCGCGAUAUCUUCUGCGCUCUCGAGAUUCAACGGGGCCAUUCUGUUGGUAUCACACGAUCGAUUCUUGAUCCGAUCUGUGGUCGAGGGGAAGCGAGACUGGGAACAAAAUAUAGAUGAGGACUUUGAGGGUAUCGAUGACGAACAGACAGAACUGUCAGGGCGAAGGCGGGACGUAUAUGUUCUGAAAGCGGGGAAGCUCCAUGUACAGGAAAAUGGCGUGGAGCAGUUCGAGCAAAGUUUAGCCCGGAGGGCUCGAAAGAUGCUGCCUGUGCCCGGAUGAAAUGCUUAUGGUGAAAGAAAGUUUUCGACCACCCGUGUGUGACCCUACAUUUCCAAUUUUUUUUUUCAAUGUAUGGUUGUUAACGAGGCGUUGGUCAUGCCGCAUGUGAAGAUAAUGGAUGACAACAAGAGUGAUCCGACAGAGGGGAUCCGCUGUGUGGUCUGGGUAAGCGUAGAAAAGCCAUCCCAGAAACCCUGAACACUAGCUAGAUAGAGAAGUUCCAACCAUGCUU